AUGGCCAUCAUAUCCAACCUCCCCCUGAACCCCAUCCAAAUAUCGCUCGAGAAUUUGGCUUCAACAGGAACUCAUGUCUUCAUCCCAUGGUCCAACUACCUUAUUCAGCUCGAUGCGGGAUUCACGUCUCGAAAAAGCCAAGAUGGCAACCCGUUCGAAGUCCCCUGCGCCUUUGCCAACUGGGCACGGGACAGUAUCCCCAUUUGCUACAUUAAUGACAAUGGUCUUCGGGGUAGCGAGCUCAGCACCGUUUCCUCCAGCCACAUUGUUUCGUCGGAGCAUCUGAGUGUGUCCCUUGGCGCCUCUGUUGGCUGGCGCUUUGCAGGGGCCUCUGCCGUUGGGUCAUACGACAAGGCUGUUUCGGACAACACAGACGUGAGAGAAUCAUUGGAAUUGCUGUCUUUUCGAGACCCGAUCAGUAAAAGAUUGGCUCUCCACCGUUUCCACGAAACAUACGGCGACUACUAUGUGGCGGGUCUUCGGCUUGGUGGCGAUAGCUGUGUUUUCGCAUCCAUCAACCAGAAGAACCGGCGUGAUUCUGAGAAAUACAAUGUCAAGGCCGAGGCACGACUUCUCGUCCUUUCAGCCGCUACGACUUGGAACAAAGAUAUCGUAAAGGAACAUUUCAAGGUAUCGGUCCAGUUCGCUGGAUACGAUAACCUCUUCAACAAAUCCGAGGUGAUCGGCCCGGGAGGUUCGUGCCUCGAGGUCAAUCAAUUGGCGUUGAAGUAUCGAAACGCAGGGCAGCAGAUGACGCAUCGGGCGGUCUAUGUGGCGAGCGAGUUUGGAUUUCGGCCUGAUAUGUCUGGGAUGAGCGUGAUAUCGAUGCGGCCGAGUCGAAGUGCAUCUGUGAGUCGGGGCUGGUCAUUGAGGUGA